AAAAGGAAGGAUAAACUUUUAAUGUGAGACGAAAGCAGGCAGACAUUCCUCAAAAGGUAAUAAAACAAUGUAAAGAUUAGCCUCCAUGGAGGGAAAAACAUGAACUGCCCCUUUAAUGUUCAAAUAAAUCCAUCAUGUGAGGCACCAACAGGAACAUCUGGACCUCCUUCCUUGGUUCCUGAGAACUUUGGAUCAUCAAACUAAAGGGAAACAUGUUACCAUGGAGACGAUGAAGUCCAAAUUGGAUUAUUGGUUGUGCAACAUUUAAAGAACUUCAAAAUAUAAAACGGGUCCGUUUAGACCCACAGUCUCUACCCAGAGCUUCUACGUGUCCAUCAAUAUCAUAUAUAUAUAUAUACUAUUAUAUUAAAGUCAUAAACAUUUAACCGAGUCUUAUUCUGUUUGCAUCAACUUAAUUUUGCCUUAUGAAACAGUUUUGAAAUCCAAUAUAAAUAUUAACACACAGACAGAAGUGGAUUUAGUUUUGAUGUUGAUAUUUGGGUCGUUCUUUAAAUAUGAAUUUGGUUUCCAGACAUUAAUGCUGAAAAAAUGUUUCUAUGACUUAAUUUAAUGUUUCCAGUUUUAUCUCUCAGAUUCAAACAUCAUUGGCCAACAUGGCUGAUCAUCAACCAUCAGAUAUUAUCUGAUGUGGAUCUGAUCCAGCAGUGGGUCUCCAACAGACCAUCUGGUUCUGAAUGAAGCUCCAUCAGAACCUCUUGGAUCAGACUGGAAAUGACUCCUGGUUCUUCUCCAUGUCAGAGCUCAACACCAACUUCACCCAACUGUCCUCAGUCAUUUAAACCAACAUGAUUGUCUCAGAAUCAGAUCUUUCUGCUCUUUAAUGAGGCUGGACAUUAUUCAGGAGGAUCAGUGAUCAGGAACAUGUUGGAGGAUCAGACCGGUUCUGAUGGGAAUCAUUUAGUUGAUGAUCUGUCUGGUUCUGUUGGGUCUCACAGGAAGAGCUACAAGUCUACAGAUUUCAGCUUCAGCUGUAUAAAGACAAACUCAUAGAGCUGGCUGCACAUACAACUACUCUUUAACGACUCUCCUGAGAAGCCAAUCAGAGGAGGAGCAGCUGAUCUGUUUCCAGUUCUAAUGCUGUAAAGAUGAUCAGAGCUGAUGAAUGAUGUGUGUUUCCUCUGCAGGUGAAGCUAGAAAGUGUGUGUGAGCUGAAGUGAAUUCAGCAGCAUGGAUCAGUGUGAGGACAGAGAGGAGGGAGUCCUCACACUGAGGAAGAUUAAACUUCUUUAUUUGAGAUCUGCUGGAACUCAAUAAAACUGAAAUGGUCCAGAAGUUCUGCUGGUUGUUGGUGGGAUCAGCAGGAACAUUAAACAUUUACAACAUCAUCAAUCAAUCAAUCAAAUUUAUUUAUGUAGUACAUUUCACAUUUCAGUUCAAAGUGCUUUAAAUCAUAAAAGCACAAAGUCAUAAAAACAUGAUACCUUCACUAAUUUCAGAAACCAGUUACACACAUUGCAUUUCAUCAUCAGUAAACAUCAUAUAUGUUGGUCGAUGUUCCAGUGAUUAUGUGUUGAAAGUGGCUGUAAAUAAAUGGGAGUUUAGACUUGAUUUAAAGAAACUCAGUAUUUCAGCUGUUUUGCAGUUUUCUAGAAGUUUGUUCCAGAUUUGUGGUGCAUAGAUAUGAUGUAUGUUAAAGUUUAUUCUCUGAGCUACAGGAAGCCAGUGGAAGGAUUUUAGAACCUGGUUGAUGGAACUACUUGGAUCAUCAGGUUCACAUCCAGAAAUCACUUCAUGGACCUUCUGAUUGUCUCUGUGAGGACAGACAUCAUGUCAGCUUAUUUGUCUCUGCACCAGUAUUAGAUCUGCUGACAGUCUGAACAAUUUGAAAUCCCAGUUCAAGUCCCACUGUUUAAAAUCUACUGGGUGAUUCUGGUGUUGUGGGUCUUCAUCCUUUUAGUUCAUCUUCAUCUUUUUAACUUCUUUGGUUUGUGUUCCUGUGGUGCUCUGUUUUUCUGUUUGAUAGAUUUUAUUGUGAAACUCUUGGUGAUUUCCUCAGUGAAAACUGCUGUAUGAAUAUUUCCUGACUUCCUAAUUGUUCCUGGUUCCUCCACAGAGUGGACCCGCAGAGCUCGGAGGUUCCCAGUGGUCCAUCUACCCAGCAGCAUCAAGCACAGCUGGACUCCAUAUUUAUGCUGCUGGAGGAAAACAUUGUCAAUUUUGUGAAGAACGAGCUGAAGAAGAUCCAAAAGGUUCUGAGUCCAGAUCACCCAGGAUGGUCAGAGUGUGAGAAAGAUGAUGAGGAGGAGUUGGAAGGUGAGGAUGAAGAGCAGAGGAGAUGCAGCAGAGAGGCACUGAUGAAGAUCACACUGAACUUCCUGAGGAGGAUGAAGCAGGAGGAGCUGGCUGACCGUCUGCAGAGCAAAGAUCAUGCACUUUGUCAACACCAACUUAAAUCUCAUCUGAAGAAGAAGUUCCAGUAUGUGUUUGAGGGAAUCGCUAAAGCAGGAAGUCCAACCCUUCUGAACCAGAUCUACACAGAGCUCUACAUCACAGAGGGAGGGACUGGAGAGGUCAAUGAUGAACAUGAGGUCAGACAGAUUGAAACVGCAUCCAGGAAACCACACAGACYAGAAACAACAAUCAGAMAAGAAGACAUCUUUAAAGUCCCACCUGGAAGAGAUCAACCAAUCAGAACAGUGAUGACAAAGGGAGUGGCUGGCAUUGGRAAAACWGUCUUAACACAGAAGUUCACUCUGGACUGGGCUGAAGACAAAGCCCACCAGAACAUCCAGUUCAUAUUUCCAUUCACCUUCAGAGAGCUGAAUGUGBUGAAAGAGAAAAAGUUCAGCUUGGUGGAACUAAUUCAUCACUUCUUUACUGAAACCAAAGAAAUCUGCAGCUUUGAACACUUCMAGGUUCUGUUCAUCUUUGAUGGCUUGGAUGAGAGCAGAAUUCCGCUGGACUUCCACAAUAAGGAGAUCCUGACUGAUGCUACAGAGUCCAGCUCAGUGGAUGUUCUGCUGAUAAACCUCAUCAGGGGGAAACUGCUUCCCUCUGCUCUCCUCUGGAUAACCACACGACCUGCAGCAGCCAAUCAGAUUCCUCCUGAGUGUGUUGGCAUGGUAACAGAGGUCAGAGGGUUCACUGACCCACAGAAGGAUGAGUAUUUCAGGAAGAGAUUCAGAAAUAAGAAGAAGGGCAGCAGGAUCAUCUCCCACAUGAAGACAUCACRAAGCCUCCACAUCAUGUGCCACAUCCCAGUCUUCUGCUGGAUCACUGCUACAGUUCUGGAGGAGGUGUUAAAGACCAGAGAGGGAGGAAAGCUGCCCAGAACCCUGACUGAGAUGUACAUCCACUUCCUGGUGGUUCAGACCAAAGUGAGGAAGGUCAAGUAUGAUGGAGGAGCUGAAACAGAUCCACACUGGAGUCCAGAGGGCAGGAAGAUGAUUGAGUCUCUGGGAAAACUGGCUUUUGAUCAGCUGCAGAAAGGAAACCUGAUCUUCUAUGAAUCAGACCUGACAGAGUGUGGCAUCGAUAUCAGAGCAGCCUCAGUGUACUCAGGAGUGUUCACACAGAUCUUUAGAGAGGAGAGAGGGCUGUACCAGGMCAAGGUGUUCUGCUUYRUCCAUCUGAGUGUUCAAGAGUUUCUGGCUGCUCUGCAUGUCCAUCUGAUCUUUAUCGAUUCUGGAAUCAACCUGAUGGAAGAUACACAAACAUCUCAGGAGUCUGAACCAAAGUCUCUCCAUCAGAGAGCUGUUGACCAGGCCUUACAGAGUCCAAAUGGACAUCUGGACUUGUUCCUCCGCUUCCUUCUGGGGCUUUCACUGCAGACCAAUCAGAGACUCCUACAUGGUCUCAUGAAACAGACGGGAAGUGGCACACAGACCAACCAGGAAACAAUUCAGUACAUCAAGGAGAAGAUCAAUGAGAAUGAGUCUGCAGAGAAAAGCAUCAAUCUGUUCCACUGUCUGAAUGAACUGAAUGAUCAUUCUCUAGUGGAAAAGAUCCAACGGUCUCUGAGUUCAGGAAGUCUCCCCAGAGAUAAACUGUCUCCUUCUCAGUGGUCAGCUCUGGGUUUCAUCUUACUGUCGUCAGGAGAAGAUCUGGAUGAGUUUGAUCUGAAGAAAAACUCUGCUUCAGAUGAGGCUCUUCUGAGGCUGCUGCCAGUGGUUAAAGCCUCCAACAAAGCUCUACUGAGUGUCUGUAACCUCUCAGAGAGAAGCUGUGAAGCUCUGUCCUCAGUUCUCAGCUCCCAGUCCUCCAGUCUCAGARAACUGGACCUGAGUAACAACAACCUGCAGGAUUCAGGAGUGAAGCUUCUCUCUGCUGGACUGAAGAGUCCAAACUGCACACUCAAAACUCUCAGCUUGUCAGGCUGUCUGAUCUCAGAGGAAGGCUGUGCUUCUCUGGCCUCAGCUCUGACCUUUAACCCCUCCCAUCUGAAAGAGUUGGACCUGAGCUACAAUGAUCCAGGAGACUCAGGAGUGAAGCUGCUGUCGGCUGGACAGAAGGAUCCAAACUGGAGACUGGAAACUCUGAGGGUGGAGCCUGCUGGAGUCCGAUGGUUGACACCAGGUCUGAGGAAGUAUUCCUGUCAACUCACCAUUGACACAAACUCAUUGAAUCAAUACCUCAAAGUUUGUGAAGACAACAGGAAUGUGACACGUGUGAAGGAGCGUCAGUCAUAUCCUGAUCAUCCAGACAGAUUUGAAUGUCAUCACAAUGUCCUGUAUACAACUGGUCUGACUGGUCGCUGUUACUGGGAGGUCGAGUGGAGAGGAGGAGUUGAUAUAGCAGUGAGUUACAGAAGAAUCAUGAGAAAAGGAGAGAAUAGAGAGUGUGUGUUUGGAGAGAACGAUCAUUCCUGGUGUCUGUACUGCUCUAAUGAUGGUCACUUUGUCAGGCACAAUGACAUGAGAACAUAUCUCCCUUCCUCCUCUGUCUUUAGCAGAAUAGCAGUGUAUGUGGACUGUCCUGCUGGCAUUCUGUCCUUCUACAGAGUUUCCUCUGACUCUCUGAUCCAUCUUUACACCUUCAACACCACAUUCACUGAACCUCUCUAUGCUGGGUUUGGGCUCUGGUCCAGUUCUGGUUCUUCUGUGUUUCUGAGCUGAGUUGAGUCUAAAACGUUUAAAAAGUCUAAAGGGUCUUCUCCUGUCAGAUAAACUCGCCGUUAAAGUCAGAAAUAAAAGUAAAGUUUAUUUUUAAAGCACAAUUCAGCCACAAGGUAGUUCAAAGUUCUUUUCCCCAUAAUAACAUAAUACAGUAUUAAAUUAUGAAACAUUAAAUGUUGUCUGAUGACAAAAUAAUGAAGCAGACAUGCAUCAGGUAUAUUGAUCAAUGUUACAAUUAUUAUGAAUCAAAGACAACUGCAAACAGGUGGGUUGAUUUACAGGAGCUCAGUGUUUCAGCUGAUUUACAGUUUUCUGGAAGUUUGUUCCAGAUUUGUGAUGCAUAGAAGCUGAAUG